AUGGACCACCCCAAACUCCAAGUCCAGACUCUUAUGGACCUUCACCAACACGAACCAACCUUCCUAAACUCUAUGGACCCCAAACCCAAGUCCUUAGACUCUAUGGACCUCAAGCCCAAGCCCCUAGACUCUAUGGACCCCCACUCAAGUCCCAGAGACUCUAAAUGGACUCCCCAAAAAGACCAUAGUCCUAGACCUCUAUGGACCCCCAAACUCAAGUCCCUAACCUCUUAUGGACCCCAAACCAAACUCUAUGGACCCCAAACCCAAGUCCCGAGACUCUAUGACCCCGAAACCCAAGUCCCGAGACCUCUAUGGACCCCAAACCCAAGUCCGAGACUCUAUGGACCCAAACCCAAGUCCCUAGACUCUAUUGGACCCCAAACUCAAGUCCUAGACUCUAUUGGACCCCAAAACCCAAGUCCCGAGACUCUAUGGACCUCAACCCAAGUCCCUGAGACUCUAUGGACACCAAACCAAGUCCCUAGACUGGACUUAUGGACCUCAAACCCAAGUCCCUAG